AACCAAACUACUUUGUACAGCUUUGUAGUCAUCGCCCACAGUCGUUCAUUUUAGCCUUUUCUUCCACUCCAAAAGCAAUCUUUCGUUUUUCCUCGUCUUUUGGUUACCCGUGGCGACCUUCGUACCUUCUCGUUUUCAUCUCCGUUCCCAAGUCUACUUCGCCGCACGGAAGAUGGCUGCCGCCACUGGAUCCGCCGUCGCAGCUUUCAAGCCCGCUGGUGUUUCCCAUCGGAAAAUCCCAAAUUUCCGGAAUGUGUCGGUCUUGCCGCCGUCGAAGCUCCCUGGGUUGCUAAAUGUGCAUUUUAGACCAACUAGAUCCUUUUCUUCGUCGGGCAUAAAGGCUCAGGUUGCAACUGUUGAGCAAGUUAGUACUGAGGCGGCACAGAAAGUGGAAGCUCCUGUUGUAGUUGUGACUGGAGCAUCCAGAGGAAUCGGCAAGGCUGUUGCUUUGGCUAUCGGAAAAUCUGGCUGCAAGGUUCUGGUUAAUUAUGCAAGGUCAUCAAAAGAGGCAGAAGAAGUUUGCAAAGAGAUCGAGGCAUCUGGUGGAGAGGCUAUUACUUUUGGUGGUGAUGUUUCAAAAGAAGCUGAUGUGGAUGCUAUGAUUAAAACUGCGGUGGACAAAUGGGGAACAAUAGAUGUAUUGAUCAAUAACGCAGGUAUUACAAGGGAUGGUUUGUUGAUGAGGAUGAAGCCAGCUCAAUGGCAGGAGGUCAUUGAUCUAAACCUUACUGGGGUUUUCUUAUGUACACAGGGAAGAAUAAUUAACAUUGCCUCUGUUGUUGGUCUUGUCGGCAACGUUGGACAAGCCAACUAUAGUGCUGCAAAAGCUGGAGUCAUUGGAUUCACAAAGACAGUUGCUAAGGAGUAUUCGAGCAGAAACAUUACUGCAAAUGCUGUUGCUCCUGGGUUUAUUGCAUCUGACAUGACUGCUAAGCUUGGGAAUGAUUUUGAGAAAAAGAUAUUGGAGGCCAUUCCCUUGGGAAGGUACGGCCAACCAGAAGAGGUUGCUGGGCUGGUUGAAUUCUUGGCCCUUAAUCCUGCUGCUGGUUAUAUCACUGGACAGGUUUUAACCAUUGAUGGUGGUCUGGUCAUGUAAAAGGCUACUGUUUGAAACUUGCUUUUAUUCAUAUGUAUCGAGUCACUUUUGUAGCUCUACCAAAUUUUCAAGAUCAUACAUAUGGUGCUAUGGAGACGUGGAGUUUAUGUAGGAACCAUUAUGUCUUUCUUUCCAUGAGGUCUUGUUUUGGAGGAUUGAUGACUGACUGGUAUUUUUUUCCUUUUUCUUUUCUCUUUUUUCGCAGAUUAUGUCGUUUUUUCACUAGGUUUCUUCUGAUUUAUUUUACUAUAUUGUAUUUUAUUUUAUCGUGAUAAAUCAGAAAGAUUCUCUUAUAAUAUUAUUAUUAUUAAAGUGUGUCUAUAAAUGACUUUUCAAAA